UGAUUAAUGGCAUUAUGCAGUUUGAUAAAAAACUGGCAUUACUUUCACCAGUAUUUCCGGUUCUCCAUCAUUCAAUAAGCAAAAAUAAGUGGAAUAUCACAUUGGCUAAUGGCUUCAUUAUUUUUAUACUUCGUUGCAUAUGAAGUAUAUGACAUAUACUUAUGGCCACCGAAAUCAUUUAAUUUCAGCUAUUUUCUCUUCUUAUUUUUUGGAAUGCCAUACAAGUUGGACUAUAUAGUUAUGAUAACUGUUUUAUUUUAUCUUACUAACAUUGGAUGUAGAUUUCAAACAUUAAACGAUUUUUGGAUGUGCCUUCCUCGUGGAUUAGUAUCCAUCCCGGGGGGAUGGACAGAUUCUGAAUUGGUUAUGUUAAUGGAGAGCAUUAGAUUGUUACACGCCGAACUAUCUCAGUUGUUCAAAAUAUUUAGUCGGAGUUACGGUACACUGCUGUUAGUAUUUUUCGUUUGCUGUAUUAUCGAUGUCAUGUAUUUAAUUUAUUUGAUGAUCGAGCUCGAAAAUGUUAUAAGACAUGUGCCGUUGCACAUGCUCAAUAUUCAAAUCGUUUUGUUUUUGAUGUCCGUCAUCCUUGCUGCCACAUGGAUAAAUGAAAAGAAAAUGAAAAUAGUAUCAUAUUUACGAUUGAUUCCGAUUUCAAAAUUACCUGUUGAAGUAAAAAUACAAAUCAAAAUGUUUCUGUAUCAAAUAUCAUUGAUGGAAUCAGAUGAAAUUAAUGCUUUUGGGUUUUUCAAUAUAAAUUUGAAUUUAGUUGUAUCAAUUGUCAUGUUACUGAUGACUGGAUUUUCAACCCUUCUGCAGAUGAAAAAUCACCCCAUUAUUUUAGCAAUGGUUAAUAACACACAAACCUAUCACAGAAAUUGGGAAAAUGUGUAUGCUAGCAACUAUUCACAGCGUUUUACAUCUGGAUAAAAAUACAAGUUUUUAUUCAAUAAUUAACUGUUAUUUUUAAGGCUCCUUAGUGUUUCUAAUAAAAUAGAAAGUAGAAAGUAGUAGAUAAAUACUCAUACUUGUAAGCAGCAGGCUCUACAUCCACCCCACAAUUUGUAAGAACCCUCCAUUUGUCUGAGUUAUUUUAUUAUAUAUUUUUUACUUAUACUAUCUGUACCAAUUUUAUUAUUUCCUUUAUUUUGCACCUUUUUUAUUUUGUUUAAUUAUACAAUAAGUUUGUAAUUAUUUAUAUCGCUAUUAAACUUACUGCAGUUGAUGUGUAUGUAUAAGCAAUAAUAAAAAACGUAUCUUAUACUUAAACACAUACUUAAAAUAAUGUACCUACUUAAUUAUAGAUAUUGAGUAGUCAUUUUUCCUUUUUUCUUAUCGCAAUACCAAUAUCCUAAAUAUAGUUUAAUUAAAGUUCUUUAAAACAUAUACUGUGUACAUAGCGCUAAUCACUAGUGUAGUUACUUUAAAAUGUCUGUCAUUAAAUACUACAAUAUUAUAUAUUACCGUAGACUCGUAGAGUAGUACAUAUAUUUAAAUGAUUUUAAAAAUUAUAAAAAUAUGUUUAUGUUAUGAUUUUUUACUCAUUAUUUUAGUUGUAAGAAGCUGUUGUAGUAUCUAGAAUAUCGCAACACUGUAUAGCAAUAUAGAAUAAUAUUUUUUUUCCGUAUAAGUUACAAUGUGUGGGUUUCUUCAACGGUAGUUUAUCUACGUUACAAAAUUGCCUUAUGUGUAUUAUUGUUGUUGGUACCAAUUCGUGUGAGCCUUUGGCGUAAGUUUAGACAUUUCAUGUGCAUUAACAAUCAAGUACCUAUAUACUUGCUGUUGGUAGACAAAGUGAAAUUCUUACUUACCAGAGUACCGUGGCCGUGGCCGUGGCGCCCGAGUCAGCGUGUUUCGAUCUAUAAGUUCCUAACCCUCACAUUCUGUACCAUAUCGGAAUAUUUGCAUAUUCCUUCAGUUGUUCAUUAUUCCAAUCAAUUGCCUGUUGCCACCAUGGUGUUUUCUAAAUCAAUACAUGUAAUUUGUUAUAUUUUAUUUAUCUUAUUAUUUGAGAUAGUUCACGUACAUGACAUAAUUGGUUUAACUUGUUACUUUUAAGAUAUUGUUCUUAUAUUUGUAAAUUAUGAUUAUGAUUUUCUACAAUUACGUAAAUACGUAAUGACAGUCAUACCUAGCAUUUGAGUUUUUAGUACAAUUUAUGUAGUGCAGAAUAAGUGUCUUAGAGUUUGGUGUCUCAAUUACGUCGCCAAAGUAUUAUUAAGAAGCAUAAAAUAAACCAAAAAACCAUUAAAGUUGGCAUCGCCUGUGGGGGACAUUGA